AUAUUGUUGUUGUUUUUGUUGGCUGGAAUUUUAGUUGCCUGACAUAUAAAACAAAAAUAUUCCGUCAGCUAUCGAGCAAAAUUCCAAACAGAUGACAUAUCAUAAUCAUUGACAAGUGGAGUACACUUUUGUAAUUAGUCUAUUCUAUCUUUAUAAUCAUCAAGUUCAUUUCGAUUUAUAGUUGUCGAAAUUUAAUAUUCGAAAAAUUUUUUGGCCUAAAUUAUUAAAUUCUUUUCUAGAUUUGUGCUAAACAUUUUAAAUUGAUUAUUUUGACGGACAAAUUAAUUUGAAUAUGGAAAUACUACGAAAUGAUGGAAGUGGUACACCUACUAUAACGUCCAUUCAUUCAAAAUUACCACCGAAUAAUAGCUCUGCGACGCGAAAAUCAAUCAUCAAAAUAUCAUCUGAACAAAAAGAUAAAAAUCCUUGUGCAUUGAACAAUGAACGAACUCGUACAAUACCAAUAUUUCGUUCCAUUUCGCAUAAUGUUGAAAAUGAAUCUUCCGUUCCAAGAACUAGCCGUUCACCAUCAUAUAAAACACCAAAUUUCAACUAUCAAUCACCGUUCAAUCCUCGAAUCAAUCUUCGGAUAUCAUCACCAGAUCCAACAUUAUCACGAAUGUUGUCACGAAUAAAUAGUCUUACUCAAUCCAGCAACGAACGAUGUCAUUCCCCAAUGUCAUCUGGUUAUGAUUCAUCUUAUUCAUCCACAACUAGCACAAAUCCUAAUCAUUAUAAUCAUACUCCUGAAAUACGACUUCAAGAUAUUCAUAGAUCAUCAAGUGCAAAUCGUUUAUAUUCGGGAAAACAGUAUCCGAAUAACUUUGAUGGCGAAACAACAUCAUCAUCAUCAUCAUUCGACAUCAAUAAACAUAAAAUAAAAACGCAAACGACAGCGCCGACAAUCACAAUCAAACAGCGGCAACGAUUUUCUCUUAACGACCAAAAUGUUCCAAUAAUGAAAGACGAUGUGUUAAAGACGUUAGACCAAGUUGAGAAGCGUAUAGUUUUCUUAAGAGAAAUUGCAUUCGAAUUAUCGGAAGAGAAAAAUAAAUUAUUCGAUGCAUUGAAUAAAAUCGCAACGAAAUCACCAGCAUCAAAUUUUUCAUCAUUUACCGAAGUCGAUCUGCAAGACAUUCAUGCUACUACAGAAGAUUUAUUACAGCGGUUAGAAAGUGUCAAAAUCAUCAUUAAACCGAUGCGUUCAUCCAUCCAGAUCGAAGCAUUCGAAAAUGCCAUUAAAUAUAUCGAUACAUUAAAAAAGAUUUUGAUGCAAGAAGGCAGAAUUGCUGCCAAGAAAAAAUGUCUCACAUAUCUAAGUUCUUGCACAUCGGAUGAUUCUGUGGAUAAAAAUCACUGUGAACUUUUUGUUCCUAUCGAUGAACGUUUUCAAAAAAUCGUAAUCGAUUGUUCGUUGGAUGAUCAAAAAACAAUAAAAAAGGAAUUGGAACAUUUUUUAGAAAAAAUUGAAAAGAAAUGAUUGAAAAAUCUAGAAUGAUUUGUUAUCUUUUUUUUUUGGUUAUUAUUGUUAUUAUAUUUUCGAUUAUAUUUCAUGUUGUAAACAAUUCUUUAAAACAAAAAUUAACAGCAGUAACAUUUUAAAAAUGUAAUCGAUUUUCAAAAUUCAUCACC